GCUCUGUAAGCAAGGAUCCAGCAACGUAGGCUUGCUGUUUACGCAUUUAUGUUCGAGAAACCACACAUGCUUGCACGCAGGCUCGGCGAUGCGCAAGCUAGAAGUCACAGUCACAACGCGCACGAGCCGAUUGCACUGAUUUAGGUGUAACCUGAAUUUGAUACAUACCUGCAAUAUCUAAUUUGUUCUGGGUCUCUACGAGUUCGGAGGGAGGUGGGCACGAUCGGUGGCGUUCACCGCGCCCAGCGCAAGGGCCCCCGUGUUAGAUAGGAAGGCACCAGCCGGCGGCGGAGCCCAAGCCGACGCAGUGCCACGCGGACGCUGUUCCACGCGGCGCCGAACAGCGGCAGCAUUGACGGCGCCGUAGCUCUCAUUUGGCGAGCCAACGGGUGCAGGCAUCAUGGCGUUGAUAGGCGCUGCCGUGUGCAGCCCACCAGCUUCGUGUGUAGGAGCACUAACAACAGCGCCAUCCAGCCCCCUAACAGCCUGGCGCAGCGGCCCCUGCUGGCGCAUGCGCACCUCUGCACAUCGGGACAGGAGCGCCUCAACCGCGCUGCCAGUUGCGCUACUUCACAGCAGCGGUGUUAGAAUGAGUGUCCGGAGCAGCGCCGGUAGCAAGCCGGCCGCCUCGGGGCCCAAUCCUUCAAGCUUGUGCACAGCUCGGCUCGGGACUGUUGACCAGCUAGGGAGGCAGCACGCCAGGGGCCCAUGGACCGCGACCCCUGCCUGCAGCCGGCUACACGGUUCAUCGUCACGGCCAGCAAAAUCAACAGCUGCGGCGGCGUCAGCCGCACUCUUCGCCGCCGUCACCGCAACCACCUCCCAGGCCUCGGCAGGUUCAGCGGCGGCUGCAGCCGCCGCCGCGGCGGGCCUUCCGCCCACGCUGGUGGCCGUGGUGACCUUGUUACCGUCCCUGGGCUCUUUCCUGCUGUGCGUGGCGGGCGCGGUGGUGCUGCUGCUGGGCUGCCUGCCUGCGCUGUGGGCGAUGGCGCGGGCUGCGGUGCGGGCUGAGCGGCUCAUGGCGGCGGCGGAGGCGGAGCUGCCGGACACGCUGGCGGCCAUGCGGCUGAGCGGACUGGAGCUCACGGACUGCAUACAGGAGCUGGGGGCUCUGGGCGGCGAGCUGACGCGCGGCGUGCGCUCCACUGCGGCGCUGGCGAGCAUGGCGGAGGCGGGCGUACGCGGCGGCGUGGCGGCGGCGGACACGGCGGUGCGUACACAGCUGCUGCCGGCGGCCGCCAAGGCGGAGGGGCAGGCGCGCGGCGCGGUGGAGACGCACCUGUCUGCCACCUCACAGCUCGGCUACACCAAGCCGCUGGUGUCUCAGGCCAUAUCCGCAACCACCACGGCAGCGCGCCGGCUGCGCACGGGGCUGGCGGUGGGGCAACUAGCUGGCGCGGCGGUGCAGGCGGGGCGGGCGGCACGUGAUGCGUUUGAGCAGCGGGCGGCGCAGCAGGAGCAGCAGGAGCAGGCGGACGCGGCGGCACGGCGGGCGGCAGCCCGGGCGGCGGCGGCAGAGGGCGCGGCGCGGCUGGAGGAGAGCGAGCGGGCGCUGCGGGAACAGCUGGAAGCGCUCAAAGCGAGGCAGCGGCAACAGCAGCAGCGAGAGAAGUAGUAGAACAGUGAGGCUGCCAUUCUAUGAGCGAUGAGGUGGUGCUGAUGGAGUGGCGUACGGAUGUUGAUGUGGUUAUGAGAAUGGGCGGCACAACCCGCUUCGCUAGGCACUCCGGCAUGUGGCACGGUUGGUAGGACGACUGGGAGUGGGCGUGUGAUGGGACAGGGUUCAAGGCAGGUUGGCGAGGUCCCGUAGGGUGCAGCUGAUGCCCAGACCCGUAAGCAGACAGCAAACAGUUGGCAGUGGCAGAGCAGAAGUGCAUGGCUGGUCGAACGCCGGCGUUACUGUACCGACAAGUUGCUGGCUGGCUGGAAGUUUGCUGAUGCGCAUUCCUCAACCUUGGUAGGACGACUGGGAGUGGGCUGGAAUGGGACGUGUCCCAACAGCGUGAGUGGCG